UCAGCUGUGUCCAAUCACAGCUAAUCACAUGGCACUGAUGAUCAGUGUGCCCUGAUGAUCAGUUUGGCCCCAGAAGUGCCACCUGUCAGUGUCCAUCAGUGCCAGCUGUCAGUGCUGAACAGUGCCACAUGCCAGUGCCCAUCAGUGCACACAUCAAUGCCACAUAUCAGUGCCCAUCAGUGGCACAUCAAUGCCACAUAUCAGUGCCCAUCUGAGCUGCCUUUCAGUGUCACCCAUCAGUGCCAGCCAACCUAUCAUGUCAGUGCCACCUAUUCCACCUAUCAAUGCCAAUCAGUGCCACCUAUCAGUACCAGUCAGUGCCGCCUAUCAGUGCCAUAUAUCAGUGCUGCUUUUCAGUGCCCAUCAGUGAUGCCUGUCAAUGCCCAUCAGUGCCACCUACCA